AUGGACUGCGGGCAGGCAGUGGGAAACGAACACUACCUAUCUGGCAACCUAAGGCAAACGUGCUGCGGUACGAGUUGGGCAAACUGGGAUAUCACAAGUCAAAGCAACCAACAUGGCCCUACCCGGUGGAACAAACCUCUCGGUGACUGGCGUCCCGACAGCUUGGAACAUACCGAACAAAAGCGCCCUUCCUAUCUUCUCUCGUUCCGUGCUAGAUAUGCAAAGAACCUACGUCAAAUACUGGCAGCCAGAGGAGAGCCUAUCAAAGCGAGGACGUUAGGCGCGGCUGAGAGGCCAAGCAAGCCCUCCAUGUCAGCGUCUCACUGUCUUCGAUCCCCGAAUCUCCGGUGGAAUACGUUCAAAUGGGCAGAGCAUUCCUCACAUCCCCAUCUAUCACAGCCGGGAAAGGUUGACAAAUAUCCUUCCCUUGCUCAUGUUCGGUCUGCCGCGCUAGAGGUACCUGGUCGUUUCCAAGACAGUGCCCGGAAUUUCAACUCCUCCCCUGGCCUUGCAGAGACUAUCUUCCAACUACAAGGCGGUGUCGGAGAAAAUCCUGUUCAACAAGCUCUUCCUACAUCAUCCCAGAUCGCAGCCUUUGAAAUAUCCUCAGCUUAG